CCCAAGGCUGCCCAGCAGGAAGAGGCGGAGCGCUAGGGCGGCGCUGGGGAAAGAGCGCGCGGAAAGCGCCCUGUUUUGGCGCCCACCUUUCCCGCCGCAGUCGGCGUCUCCACUCUUCACCAUGCCUGCCGCCGGCUCCGAGUUGCAGUGUACGCUGUCGCCGCCAGCCGCUCAAGAGCGGGGCACAGAGCAGCGGCCGCAGCACGGGGAGCUGCAGUACCUGGGGCAGAUCGAGCACAUCCUGCGCUGCGGCUUCAAGAAGGAGGACCGCACGGGCACCGGCACCCUGUCGGUUUUUGGCAUGCAGGCGCGAUACAGCCUGAGAGAUGAAUUUCCUCUGCUGACAACCAAACGUGUGUUCUGGAAGGGUGUUUUGGAGGAGUUGCUGUGGUUUAUCAAGGGAUCCACAAAUGCUAAAGAACUAUCUUCCAAGGGAGUGAAAAUCUGGGAUGCCAAUGGAUCUCGAGACUUUUUGGAUGGCCUGGGUUUCUCCACCAGACAAGAAGGGGACCUGGGCCCAGUUUAUGGCUUCCAGUGGAGACAUUUUGGGGCAGAAUACAAAGAUAUGGAUUCAGAUUAUUCUGGUCAAGGAGUAGACCAACUGCAAAAAGUGAUUGACACCAUCAAAACCAACCCUGAUGACAGAAGAAUCAUCAUGUGUGCCUGGAACCCAAAAGAUCUUCCUCUGAUGGCACUGCCUCCAUGCCACGCCCUCUGCCAGUUCUAUGUGGUGAAUGGGGAGCUGUCCUGCCAGCUGUACCAGAGGUCGGGAGACAUGGGCUUGGGUGUGCCCUUCAACAUCGCCAGCUACGCCCUGCUUACCUACAUGAUUGCGCACAUCACAGGCCUACAGCCAGGUGACUUUAUACAUACUUUGGGAGAUGCACAUAUUUACCUGAAUCACAUUGAGCCACUGAAAAUUCAGCUUCAGCGAGAACCAAGACCUUUCCCAAAGCUCAAAAUCCUUCGAAAGGUUGAGAAAAUCGAUGACUUCAAAGUUGAAGACUUUCAGAUUGAAGGGUACAAUCCACAUCCAACUAUUAAAAUGGAAAUGGCUGUUUAGAAUGCUUUCAAAGGAGUUGGGAAAGGUUUUGUCACUGUAGGGGUUGGGGCCAAUGCCCAGGUAAAAGUUGUUUUUUUUCUAUAGAAAAAGGAACUAGGUAAAAAAAUCUGUCCAUGACAUUUGUUAUUAUUCAUUAGUCUUUAAGUAUGUUACCACUGGCAGAUAUAACUUCUGCUUGCUUUAGUAAUUGCAUUUUGUUGGCACAAAAUGCUAAGCAAAGAAAGCAGAAAUUUAUAUACUUUUAGCAAAAAUAUAUAGCAUUUCAGUCUCCAGGCUUCAUGAAGAAGACUGGUGAAUUUCAUUGGUUAUUUAAGCUAUUCCCUUCAAUUUUGAAAAUAACCCAUCCAUCAUAAUAUAUGUGCUUUUGAAUGCUUGUUUUAUAAGUUGCUAUAAUAAAGAACUAUUUGCAUUUGUCUUUUUUUUUUUUUUUUUCAUUCUGUAUUGCUAUUUAUAUGCUCAGUGCCUGCCUAAGAGAGAUUUACCCAAACACACCCUCUUAAGCUAAGCAAGUGUGCUAGGUUCAGGUUUAGAUGCUGCUUAGGGGGUGAGAAUAUGUAUUAGAAAUGCUGACUAAACUAUAUUUUGCCCUCUUUUUCCAUGAUUCAUCUCAUCCUAGAUGCAUUUUACAUUAAGACAUAACACAACUUAGGAUAGAGGUGUUUAAGGGUUAUAAAAAUAAUUAUAUGAAAUACCAUUUUGCCCCCAUUUAUUUUAGUAUGGUAUGGGUUCUCUAAUAUGUUUAGACUGAUAAGAAAAGGGAUCCUAAAUCCCUUCAGAGCUAAUCAUUUUCCCUUUGCUGCACUAACAGAUCCCCUGUAGUGCUGGAGAACUAUUUUUAUUCUGCUAAUUUAUGACAAGUGUUAAAUAGAACAAAUAAAGGAUUGUUCCAACAAAUUA